AUGUGCGCGUGGAGGUGUAUUCUUCGUUGUUUCUAUACGAUUCGUUCCAUCUUACAUUCAUUCACGCAUUUAUUUUCCAAUUUGGUCGUUUUUCUUUUCUUUAUCGAAAUCUUACAUUUAUUUCCUCUUUUAUUUCCUGUAACUUUUUUAUUCUCUCUCUCUCUAUCUCUCUCUCUCUCUCUCUCUUUCAUUACACUUCUUCUCUUCCUCCUUGGCCGCUUUCUUCGUCUUCUCUGUUUCAUACCUUUCCACAUAUCUUAUCUCAGACUAUUUCCUUUUCUUCAUUAUCUCUCUGUUUUAGGUUUGAUGUGUAGUGUAAGAGGUAUGAAAUUGAAAAAAAAAUUUUACCUGCAAGAAAACCUAUUUCUCUGUUUUCUUCUUCUUCCUCUUCUUCUUCUUCUUCUUCUUCUUCUUUAUGCAGCUCUUCUCAUCAAAUACGUUAUCCUAAUAGGUCAAAAAUUGAAAAAGAAAAAGUACCUGCAACAAAGCCAAUCGAUAAUGGGCAGUUGA